AUGAGAUUCAACUCAGCUUGGGCCUUGAUGGCUGCUGCCACGAUCAGCGCGAUGCCUCAGCCUGUCUCCAAGAGAGACCCCUUCCCUCCUGAUGGAACCGUUGUGGGCGGUGUUCCGCACCGUCCUUUUAGGAUCAGGAGACAGGCAGCAGCAGCCCCAGCGACCCCUCAAGGCAACCAACUCAUCCCAGUAGUAGUCGGUGGCGCACAAGACACUUUCGUGCCGAACUUGAUUCAGGCUCAGGUCGGCGAUGUUGUCCAGUUCCAGUUCAGCAACGGUAACCAUACCGUAACACAGAGCGCUGAGGGCUCCGCGUGCCAGCCGCUACAGGCACAAAACGCUGCUGCUAUUCACAGCGGCCACAUCCCUUUCAAAGACGGUCAGGCCAUGGUCGGAACCUUCAACAUGCCAAUUGCGAGUGCCGACCCGAUGUUUCUGUACUGCGCUACGGGGCCGCAUUGUCAAGAGGGCCAGGUCCUGGUUAUCAAUCCCACCAACGCGAACCAAGUCGUUCAGUACUCCAAAUUGGCGGCGGCGGCAAAGGCCAACGUUGACGGAACUACAAUCUCCGGUGGAUCCGUCGGACAGAUUCCGCUGGCAAACGCGGCCUUUGUUCCGGCACCGGCACAACAGGGCGGCGGCGGCGGUGCGCCCCCUGCUGCAGCUCCCGCGGCGCCUGCAGCUCCCGCAACUCCUGCCGCCAACCCUGCCCAAGACCCAGCAGCUGCGCCUGCAGCUCCCGCCGCAACUCCUGCCGCGCCCGCUGCUUAA